AUGUUGAAGAAUAAUAAUCUGAAUGAAUUAAAUUUUUACAAAUCAAUUAACCAACAUCAUCUUCUCAGACGUCAUAACAUUAUUCCCAAGUUUAUUAGGUUUGUAGUUGUUGUUGAAGCUGAAAAAAAAUCAAAGAAAACUUAUUUAAAACAAUCCUUUAUUAGUUCUAUAUUAAAUAAAAAAAUAUGCAAUUUGAAAUAUUUCAAAUUUGAAGCUUCCAUAGAAAUGAAAAAUUUUCUUAGUGGAUAUUCAACAAUAAACAUUAUUGAUUUAAAAUUGGGUACAUCUUGGAUAGGGGAAUCUAAAAACGAUUCAAUUUAUAAUCUCAGGAAAAUUUUUACUAAAACGUUCCAAAACGAAGAUCUAAUACAAGAAUUAAAUAAUAUUUUUUUUAAGAUUGAAUGUAUUCCAGAAAAAAGUGAAUUCAAUCAUGAGAUGUUUUAUAAAUUCAAGUCUCUACGAAAAUCUAUUAAGCAGUGCAUGAUAGUUAACAACUCAUGUCAAUAUGAGAUUGGAAUUAGAAUUCAAGGAUUAAUCAGUGAAAAUAUUACAAUUUCUAGACAAAGAGGUAAAGAAUUAACUUCCAAUGAAACAAUGAAACUAUUAUCUGAAUUUUUAAAGCUCUCCCCAAACUUGAUUAGGUUAACAAAAGAAAAAAUCGAAUUACUAAAACACUGGUUAAAGAAACAAAAAAGUUAUAGAUUUAUUGCUACCUCAAUUGUAUUAGCUUUCGACAGGUUAAAUGUUGAAAGAUGCGAUAUUAGGUGGUUGGAUUUCACUCAUGCAUUGAAACAAGGUAAAAAUGGCGAAAAAGAUUUUCUGAUGAAUGAAGGUAUGCAAUUUAUUGUUGUUUUUUGUUCAUAA